AUGACGACUCCAGGUCUUUAUGGAUCUCAAAGUGAGAGCCACCAACAACAUCUAGCUACAUCGUCCACAUUGGUUGCACCACCUUCAUCUCCUCGGGCCCUUCUCCGACCCCAACCUAAGCCACCAACCCCUCUCCCGCCACAAACCACCAGGAGCAAAUCUGUUCCCCUGACAUCAACAACGUCAAAAACACCAAUUGCCACCACCAAGAGGCCACCCAAGCCAACUUUCUCCAAAAUCUCCUCCCUCUACCAAUACACCUGGGAGCGCAUUGACGACCUCAAGCUGAUCACCGGCGCCCUUUGCGAGAGGUUGAUUGCGCUAGAAGACACGGUGGCGACACUGGACGAAGAGGACAGUAUGGAAAUCUUCACGAAAAAGGCUUUCGAUAUGGCGACAGAGGGCCAGCUCAUAGCGAUGAUUGCGGAGCAGUUCAAGGAGACUGGGUCGUUGAUGGCGGAUAGGGCGAUGAGUGUGGGUUUGGUUGAUGUUGAUUGGGAUGGGAAUGGGAACGGGAACGGAAAGGCCAAUGGGAACGUGGAUGGGAAGGGGGAUGGGAGUGGUAAAGCAGAGAAAUAG